UAACCUCCUCCAUCGGACCUACUAAUCUUCGCACCCAAAAUCGGUAAAUUAUCGGAUCACCAAAAUCCACAAACCACAGCAAUGAAUAGCAGCAGAUAUUUUCGCCUUCCAAACCUCUUCUCCUCUAAUUCCACCAACAUGUUCUUCCAAAGACUCUUUGCAAUGGCGAAUUACAGUUUUUCAUCGUCUUCCCCUUCAUCUAAAACCUCGAUACAAGCCGUGUACGACAUCUGCAAGAACAAUUUGACGCCCUCAACCUCACCGCCUCCUCAACUUAUCCAUGAACUCUCCUCUAUACUCGAUACAAUUGGUCCUUCUGAUGUCGGGCUGAGAGAUGAACACCAAGAGGAUGAUCGAGGCCAUGGUUUUUCUACACCCAAUACUCUUAAUAGACUAGAUCGUUGGGCCCAACCAAUAACAUAUAUAGAUCUAAAUGAAAGCCAAAGUUUUACAAUGUGCAUGUUUUGCUUCCCUACUUCCUCUGUUAUACCCCUCCAUGAUCAUCCAGGAAUGACUGUUCUUAGCAAGGUCCUUUAUGGUUCUUUGCAUGUCAAAGGUUAUGAUUGGGUUGAACCACCACUCAUCAAGGAUUCAAAGGAAAUUGCUCGAGCUCCAGUUAGGUUAGCAAAAUUGGCAGUGGACAAAGUCCUUUCAGCACCAUGUAGCACUUCAGUUUUGUAUCCAAAAACAGGAGGGAACCUCCAUUGCUUCACUGCCAUCACCUCUUGUGCUGUACUUGACAUUCUCACACCUCCAUAUGAAGAAUAUUCCGGAAGGAAAUGUACUUAUUACCGAGAUUACCCCUACUCCAGUUUUGGAAGUGGAGAUGAGUUGAUUGAUGGAAAAGAAGAUGAAUAUGCAUGGCUAGAGGAGAUAGAUGCACCAGAUGAUUUGUAUAUGAGACAGGGCAUCUAUGCGGGCCCACCUAUUCGGAUGUAGGGAUUGUUAUUGGUGGUUAGUGCUUACUUCAUUUGACACCAGAUUUAAACCAUUGUGGCAUAGUUGUUUAAAGUAUAGCUAGGUCUAAGUCUAAGGUGUUGUUUGUUUAUGAAUUGAUGGAGUCUGGUAAAAAAUAUAUAUACAGGUGUUUCUUUAUUUAUUUUUAAUUUAAUGUAGAAAGAAUGCUUUAAGGCCA